GGCGCGAGACACACCGGUAACACCCCGUUGUCACACGCCCAGUCGGUGCUGGCGAGGCAGCUGGGAACGACUCACCGAAACGGUGUCAGGAGGAGUCGCUCUUUGCUUUGACUGACGGUGACCCCGGGGUUCAGACAGUUAAUCUCCCGUGUGUGCGUCCACUUGGAUAACACGCGUGUUGGAGCCGUCACCAUGGCAGGACGCAGAGGCGCACCUGGAUCCGGAGACGACUACUCCCUCGUCAGUCCAGUUGUCAAGUACCUGGUGUUCUUGUUUAAUUUCAUAUUUUGGAUAAUCUCCCUGGUGAUGGUGGCCAUCGGCGUGUACGCCCGCAUGAUGAAACAUGCAGAGGCCGCUCUGGCGUGUCUGGCAGUGGACCCCGCUAUGAUGCUAAUGGUCGUGGGCUUCCUCAUGUUCAUCAUCACCUUCUGUGGCUGCGUGGGCUCCCUGCGAGAAAACAUCUGCCUUCUGCAGACCUUCUGUAUCUGUCUGACCUUGAUCUUCUUGCUCCAGCUGACUGCUGGGAUUCUGGCCUUCGUCUUCUCUGACAAGGCUCUGCAUAGAGUGACGAAGAUGAUCAAUAACUCCAUUGUCCACUACCGAGAGGACAUUGAUCUGCAGAACCUCAUUGACUUUGGUCAGAAAGAGUUUGGCUGCUGCGGCGGUGUGACGUACACCGACUGGUCCCAGAACAUGUACUUCGCCUGCGAGCAGGACAACCCCAGCAGAGAGCGCUGCUCCGUCCCCUUCUCCUGCUGCGUCCAACCCAAAGACGAGCAGGUCAUCAACACCAUGUGCGGUCACGGCAUGCAGCUGUUGCAGUACGUUGAAGCUGGAAGCCACAUCCACACCAACGGCUGCAUAGACGCACUGGUGAACUGGAUCCACAGUAACAUGUUCCUUCUGGGAGGCAUAGCCCUGGGACUGGCCAUACCACAGCUGGUUGGCAUCCUCUUGUCUCAGAUUUUGAUCAACCAGAUCAAAGACCAGAUCAAGCUCCAGAACUACAACGCCAGGCACCGCUCUGAUCCGUGGAGCUGACCCACACCGGAUUAGACCAGAUUCUGAUGAGCAGCAGCAGAGACACAGAAAGGCAGGGAUCAGUCAUCUCUGCCUGUAUCGGGCUUUCAUAUCACUGGACCUGAAACGACAACAAGACGAUGCUGCAGACUUAAAAUACUUGGACCUAUGUAAGUGGAGGUCAAAGGAAACGCAUGAAGAACCGGGACUCUGUUGCCACGCACUGGACGUAGACCGUGCUUGACUUUACCUAACUUCAGAUGGUACUUGAGGAGGGUAUUUGGGGGUCAAGGUCAUAUUGACCUUUACUUUAAAAACUGAAAUCAGUAUACUCUCUUACAAGUCAAAGACACCAACUGGGAGUGGGAGUUAAUGCAUUUGUAUUUCUAUUGUUUCGACUGAAUCCAUGAUGCGUCAAAUUUUAACUACCUGCCUUUUUUAAUGUAAUAAAGGAAUGUCAGACUUAUGCAUGCUCAGCAGUGUUGCUCAUGUCUGUGAGAUGCAUAUCUGGUAUUUGGUUGAUGUUUUUAUUUUUGUAUUGACAAUGUGUACCCUCAAAUAUCCAUGUUUUCAAUGUGUUGUUGAAAUACCUGUCAAAUGCAUGGUGAUGGAUAAAGCAUGCACAUCAGAUAGUUUUUUUAAAACUUUCACAUGCCUUUUUAUAUGAGUUUUAAAAAGUUACAAUAGGCCCAAGAGAUGCCAUCCACCUUUCUUAUAAGAAAGGAAAAUUCUAACUGUAUAAUAAACUUUUUACAUAUUG